UAUGACCUCAGUGUGAUUUCAUUUUCAUUCGGGAAAGGUUGUGAUAUUUUCUACAACAAACAUGCGCAUUAUCAUUUUGCUUAGCUUUCAAAUUCUACUCGUUUCGACUUCGGUCUUCGCAGAGAUGAGCAUGGUGGAAAUGAUGGAAAUGAUAUGUGAUGAAGAAAAUUCAAAUAUUAGACAGAAAGUGGAAAUGUGCAUUGACGAAAUGGAUAUAGAACCGUAUAAAGAGAUAAUGAAGCAAUGCAAUCCUGAAUUCGGCGACGACUUUUCUGGUGAAGCUCUGAUGAAAUACAGCUGCGAACAGACUCAAGAACAAUGGAAAGAAGCAGAUGAAUGUGCAAUUGAAAAGAUGAAAGAAGAAGGCAAGGAUGAAGAGGAGGGCAAGAAGAUUAUGAAAGAUAUGACGGAGUGCGUUGAAAGACGCAUGUCCGAGGAAAGCGAACGAAAAUGAAGAGUUUAUUUCCGAAAUUCAGAAAAUUCAGCAUUUUUUAUGAUGAAGAUGUUUAAUCAAGUGUAUAGAAAGCAAAUAAAAAUAUCAAUUUUA